AUGCAGGGCCCGAAAACCGUCACAGCAUUGAGCCUCCUGUCCAUGGACCCGUCACCGACAGUUGCUGCGUCUGCGCAGCAGGCUGCGCGGACAAAACAUGGCCUCGUCAACGUGACCCGGCUGGUGCGGGCUCUUGAAAGGAUGGACCAGGAGGAGGACAUGAGCUGGCUCGAGGUUCAGAAAACCUGGGAGCGCUUCUGCAAGCCUUGCGCGAUUCAAAUGAACAGUGAGCUGGCCACAUUCCCUCUGUCAGCUGACAGCAGAGCAUCAACGACCGCAGCUACGCUGGAUGAUCUGGAACGUAUCCUCGCUCGUGUAGAGGUUCAGGUUCAGGACUCGGCAAGGCUUCCGACGCCGCCAGAGGAGGCGGCCGCCGAGGACUUGCUGGAAGCUCACGUGCCGACGAAGCUGGAGGACGAGCCUGUGGAGCUGGAAAUUCCCGUUGCGGCACCGUCAGCUGCACCAGCGGUUGUCGUGACGCCAACAGCGUCGAAGGCGUUCGACAUGGCGGACUACUUUGCUCGGCGCGAGCAGGAGUCAAAGCAGGGCGGCGACGCUGGUCUGCUCCCGCUGAAAUCGAAGGUGGCGAAGGACCCGAUGGACGAGGAGGGCAUGCGGCAGCGCCUGCUCGCCGGCGCCAACUCAAAGGGCAUGGGCGCGCGCGAGCUCCAGGAGGAACUGAGCGGGCAGCUCGCCGGCUUCAGCAGCAGCCUCGAGAACGAGAAGAGCCUGCUGCAGAACUCACAGGACGUCCUCGAGCAAAACCUGGACGGCACACUCAAGUCCAAGGGCAACCUCGAUCAGGUAUCGCGCAAGGGACGCAGCACAACGUGCAUGCAGCUUGGCAUCAUGGUCACUGUGUUCAUCAUCUUUGUGUGGACAUACAUGCUUAUCAGGUUUACGUAG